GUGGCAGUGAAUGUACAACCUUGACAGAAGUAGCGAAUGAUUUAUGGAUCCCAGAAGAGAGAUUCUCUAUGAUUGAGGAUAAAUCUCUGGGCUUGAUCAGUGUCUUCAUCAGAAACCUGACCGUAACCGACAGCGGGACGUACAGAUGUAGAGCCGGCAGUCAACCGGUUCAGGAGGUGAAUUUCAAUGUGAAACAAGAGCCGUGUUGUGGGAGAUCAGAGGAUCAGACUGCUUAUUUAGGAGGAACUGCUGUCAUUCACUGCAAAUAUCCAGAAGAAUAUAAAGAUCAUGGCAAGCAAUUGUUCAAAGUGCAGAAUGGAUCAUUAGAGUGUAUUAUUACUGCAUUUGGAAGUCCGUUCACCAAUGGGAGGUUUUCUCUGAAUGUAAACGAACAGGAACAUGUUUUCUCUGUGACUAUUGCUGAUGUGGAAAGAAGUGAUGCCGGGGUGUAUUUCUGUGGGAUACACACCAACAUCUACACUCCCCUUCUCACAGAGAUUCAGCUUCAUGUUUCAGAAAAUCAAGAACAAACAGAUGCUUCAGGCCAGUCUGAUCUCUACAUCAUCAGUACGGUGUGUUCGUGUGUGAUUCUGUUGUUAGCUGUAGGACUGAGUUUGUCGUUGUUCAAGUGCAGAUGUAAGAAGACAGAAGGUUCAGUCUCAUCGGAUCAGAGGGACACAAGAGACGGUGAUGAGGAAGUCAAUUCUCCUUAUUAUGAAGCGAUUCAGGACUCUGCUCAGGUGUCCAUUGGUUUAAACACAGUUUACGCCACGCCAUUUACCCACAAGCCCCUCUGACAGUGAUUUCUACGCACUGGCUGAAAAGCCAUGACACUGAACACUGAAGACACACAUCAUAAUCUCUCCAUGCUUUCCUCAUUGAU